GUUGGCACCUGUGCUUACAUCACUCAGAAAGUUGAAUAUGCGGGUAUUCGGGCUCAGGCAGGUGAACUGUGGGUCAAAAGUGAGAAAGUCACCUGUGGCUACAUCAGCGAAGAUACUCGGGUGGUGUUCCGCUCGACGUCCGCCAUGGUUUACAUCUUCAUCCAGAUGAGCUACGAAAUGUGGGACUUUGACAUCUAUGGAGACCUUUACUUUGAGAAGGCCGUGAACGGCUUCCUUGCUGACCUUUUCUCCAAGUGGAAGGUAGCGCAGGUUGUGGUUCAAAAUGAACGCCGGGAGGAGUGGACUUCUCUGCUUGUGACUAUUAAGAAGCUCUUCAUCCAGUACCCGGUUUUGGUGCGCUUAGAGAAAGCAGAGAAUUUUCCACCAGGAUACAACGCCACCUCUGCUCAAGGAAAUUAUUUGGAGGCCAUAAACCUCUCCUUCAAUGUGUUUGACAAACAUUACAUCAACCGAAAUUUUGACCGGACAGGGCAGAUGUCUGUGGUCAUCACGCCAGGGGUGGGGGUCUUUGAAGUGGACCGGCUACUCAUGAUCUUGACCAAGCAACGGAUGAUAGACAAUGGGAUCGGGGUUGAUCUGGUGUGCAUGGGAGAGCAGCCCCUCCACGCAGUGCCGCUUUUUAAGCUACACAAUCGCUGCAGUUCUGGGGAUCCACGCUUGGGAGAUGACUACAAUAUACCCCACUGGAUCAACCACAGUUUCUACACUUCCAAAAGCCAACUUCAGUGUAACAGUUUCACCCCACGGAUCAAGCUGGCAGCUCGGAAGCCACAGAGUGAAAAAGCCAAAAGUAGCAGGGAAUCUUCCUUGGGUGCUCCUAAGGAGACCGAGAAUGCGCUUCCCAUUCAAGUGGACUAUGACGCCUACGAUGCCCAGGUUUUCCAUCUGCCCGGCCCCUCCAGAGUCCCACGUUACACCACCUUUAG